GCCGAGCCCCGCUCGCCUGCACCUCGCGCGGCGGGCCUGCCCUCCGGCCCCCGCCGGCCCUGCGCCGCUGCCCGGAGGCUGGCGUCCUCCCGUCACUCCGGGACCCGCCCGCUGUGUCCCCUGGGCAACUGUCUCCAGGGAGAUCGGGCCCCGCCCCCGGCACCGACACCCGAUGAGGAGUCGGGCCAGGGCGGGAUGACACUCAUUGAUUCUAAAGCAUCUUUAAUCUGCCAGGCGGAGGGGGCUUUGUUGGUCUUUCUUGGACUAUUCCAGAGAGGACCACUGGCAUCUGGGAAGUAACAACGCAGGAUGCCCCCUGGGGUGGACUGCCCCAUGGAAUUCUGGACCAAGGAGGAGAAUCAGAGCGUCGUGGUUGACUUCCUGCUGCCCACAGGGGUCUACCUGAACUUCCCUGUGUCCCGCAAUGCCAACCUCAGCACCAUCAAGCAGCUGCUGUGGCACCGCGCCCAGUAUGAGCCACUCUUCCACAUGCUCAGUGGCCCCGAGGCCUAUGUGUUCACCUGCAUCAACCAGACGGCGGAGCAGCAGGAGCUGGAGGAUGAGCAACGGCGUCUGUGCGACGUGCAGCCCUUCCUGCCCGUCCUGCGCCUGGUGGCCCGCGAGGGCGACCGCGUGAAGAAGCUCAUCAACUCGCAGAUCAGCCUCCUCAUCGGCAAAGGCCUCCACGAGUUUGACUCCUUGUGCGACCCAGAAGUGAACGACUUUCGUGCCAAGAUGUGCCAGUUCUGCGAGGAGGCGGCCGCCCGCCGGCAGCAGCUGGGCUGGGAGGCCUGGUUGCAGUACAGCUUCCCCCUGCAGCUGGAGCCCUCGGCUCGAACCUGGGGCCCUGGCACCCUGCGGCUCCCAAACCGGGCCCUCCUGGUCAACGUCAAGUUUGAGGGCAGCGAGGAGAGCUUCACCUUCCAGGUGUCCACCAAGGACGUGCCGCUGGCGCUGAUGGCCUGUGCCCUGCGGAAGAAGGCCACGGUGUUCCGGCAGCCGCUGGUGGAGCAGCCGGAAGACUACACGCUGCAGGUGAACGGCAGGCAUGAGUACCUGUACGGCAGCUACCCGCUCUGCCAGUUCCAGGUCCAGAAACCACGUGCCAAGCCGCCUCCCAUUCCUGCAAAGAAGCCCUUCUCUGUGUCCCUGUGGUCCCUGGAGCAGCCGUUCUGCAUCGAGCUCAUCCAGGGCAGCAAAGUGAACGCCGACGAGCGGAUGAAGCUGGUGGUGCAGGCAGGGCUUUUCCACGGCAACGAGAUGCUGUGCAAGACGGUGUCCAGCUCGGAGGUGAGCGUGUGCUCGGAACCUGUGUGGAAGCAGCGGCUAGAGUUCGACAUCCACAUCUGCGACCUGCCCCGCAUGGCCCGUCUCUGCUUUGCACUGUACGCCGUGAUCGAGAAAGCCAAGAAGGCCCGCUCCACCAAGAAGAAGUCCAAGAAGGCGGACUGCCCCAUUGCCUGGGCCAACCUCAUGCUGUUUGACUACAAGGACCAGCUUAAGACUGGGGAACGCUGUCUCUACAUGUGGCCCUCCGUCCCAGAUGAGAAGGGCGAGCUGCUGAACCCCACAGGCACUGUGCGUAGUAACCCCAACACGGAUAGCGCCGCCGCCCUGCUCAUCUGCCUGCCUGAGGUGGCCCCGCACCCCGUGUACUAUCCCGCCCUGGAGAAGAUCUUGGAGCUGGGGCGGCACAGUGAGUGUGUACAUGUCACUGAGGAGGAGCAGCUGCAGCUGCGGGAAAUCCUGGAGCGGCGGGGGUCUGGGGAGCUGUAUGAGCAUGAGAAGGACCUGGUGUGGAAGCUGCGGCACGAAGUCCAGGAGCACUUCCCGGAGGCGCUAGCCCGGCUGCUGCUGGUCACCAAGUGGAACAAGCACGAGGAUGUGGCCCAGAUGCUCUACCUGCUGUGCUCCUGGCCGGAGCUGCCUGUCCUGAGCGCCCUGGAGCUGCUGGACUUCAGCUUCCCUGAUUGCCACGUAGGCUCCUUUGCCAUCAAGUCGCUGCGGAAACUGACGGACGAUGAGCUGUUCCAGUACUUGCUGCAGCUGGUGCAGGUGCUAAAGUAUGAGUCCUACCUGGACUGCGAGCUGACCAAAUUCCUGCUGGACCGGGCCCUGGCCAACCGCAAGAUCGGCCACUUCCUUUUCUGGCACCUCCGCUCCGAGAUGCACGUGCCGUCGGUGGCCCUGCGCUUCGGCCUCAUCUUGGAGGCCUACUGCAGGGGCAGCACCCACCACAUGAAGGUGCUGAUGAAGCAGGGGGAAGCACUGAGCAAACUGAAGGCACUGAACGACUUCGUCAAGCUGAGCUCUCAGAAGACCCCCAAGCCCCAGACGAAGGAGCUGAUGCACUUGUGCAUGCGGCAGGAGGCCUACCUAGAGGCCCUCUCCCACCUGCAGUCCCCACUCGACCCCAGCACCCUGCUGGCUGAAGUCUGUGUGGAGCAGUGCACCUUCAUGGACUCCAAGAUGAAGCCCCUGUGGAUCAUGUACAGCAACGAGGAGGCAGGCAGCGGCGGCAGCGUGGGCAUCAUCUUUAAGAACGGGGAUGACCUCCGGCAGGACAUGCUGACCCUGCAGAUGAUCCAGCUCAUGGACGUCCUGUGGAAGCAGGAGGGGCUGGACCUGAGGAUGACCCCCUACGGCUGCCUCCCCACCGGGGACCGCACAGGCCUCAUUGAGGUGGUACUCCGCUCAGACACCAUUGCCAACAUCCAACUCAACAAGAGCAACAUGGCAGCCACAGCCGCCUUCAACAAGGAUGCCCUGCUCAACUGGCUGAAGUCCAAGAACCCAGGGGAGGCCCUGGAUCGAGCCAUUGAGGAGUUCACCCUCUCCUGUGCUGGCUACUGUGUGGCCACAUACGUGCUGGGCAUCGGCGAUCGGCACAGCGACAACAUCAUGAUCCGAGAGAGUGGGCAGCUGUUCCACAUUGAUUUUGGCCACUUUCUGGGGAAUUUCAAGACCAAGUUUGGAAUCAACCGUGAGCGUGUCCCAUUCAUCCUCACCUAUGACUUUGUCCAUGUGAUUCAGCAGGGGAAGACUAAUAACAGUGAGAAAUUUGAAAGGUUCCGGGGCUACUGUGAAAGGGCCUACACCAUCCUGCGGCGCCACGGGCUUCUCUUCCUCCACCUCUUUGCCCUGAUGCGGGCGGCAGGCCUGCCUGAGCUCAGCUGCUCCAAAGACAUCCAGUACCUCAAGGACUCCCUGGCACUGGGGAAAACAGAGGAGGAGGCGCUGAAGCACUUCCGAGUGAAGUUUAAUGAAGCCCUCCGUGAGAGCUGGAAAACCAAAGUGAACUGGCUGGCCCACAACGUGUCCAAGGACAACAGGCAGUAGCGGCAUCUCCCAGCCCUGGGCCCGAGAGGAGGCAGCCGCGGGCCGUGGGGACCAGGCACGCUGGUUGUCCUAAAGGGGCUGAAGAGCCUGAACUGCAAAAAGAACUUACACAGCUGCCUUUUGUUUACACUGGUUAUUUAUUUAUGACUUGAAAUGUCUUAAGGAGCUAAACAGCCAUAAACGGAAAUGCCUCCUCUGUGCAGCGGCGGUGCUGGGCCCCUCGAGGCCGCACCUGGCUCUCGGCUGAGGACUGUCACCCCAAGUCUUCCAGCUGGUGGAUCUGGGCCCAGCGAAGACUGUUCUCCUCCUGGGGUCACCACCUUCCCAGGCCUCCCGCCAGACUGCCUGGGUCCUGGCGCCUGGCGGUCACCUGGUGCCUACUGUCCGACAGGACGCCCUGAUCCUUGUGCAACCCGCCCUGUGUGUCCUCCCUAGACUGAGUUCUGGCAGCUCCCCAAGGUGCCUGGGGUACCCUCUAGAUUCAGGGAUGUUUGCUCUCCACUUUUCAAGUGGGUCUUGGGUACGAGAAUUCCCUCACCUCUCUCUGCUGUAAAGUGAUUUUGUUUGCAGGUAAGAAAACAAUAGAUGACUCACCACACCUCUACGACUGGGGAGAUCAGGCCCAGCCCCAUAAAGGAGAAUCUGCGCUGGUCCUCAGGGCGUGUUAAAGAGAUCUGGGCCUCGUGUAGCUCACCCUGGUCACACACGAAGGCGAAGGUGGGUCAGAGGCGAAUACUCCGCCAUUAUCUCAAUUUUUUUUUUUUUUUUUUUGAGAUGGAGUCUCAGUUGCCCAGGCUGGAGCGCAGUGGUGCAAUCGUGGCUCACUGUAACCUCCACCUCCCGGGUUCUGAGCCUCCCGGGUACUCAGCCUCCUGAGUAGCUGGGGUUACAGGCGUCCACCACCAUAGCCAGCUAAUUUUUGUAUUUUUAGUAGAGACAGGGUUUCACCAUGUUGGCCAGGCUGGUCUCGAACUCCUGACCUCCAGGUGAUCCACCCACCUCAGCCUCCCAAAGUGCUGGCAUUACAGGCAUGACGCCGUGCCCAGCCCACUCUGCCAUUAUCUAAGCCACCUCUCAAAGCAGGUUUUAACAAAAGGAUGAGGCCAGAUCUCUUUUGGGAACCUGCUGUGAGAGUGCUCAGGUAGCAGAAGUGUGAGAGCGAGGACGCAUGCUGGGAUCUUUCUCUUUGACUGUACUUAGUUUGAAAUGGUGCAGGCUUAGUCUUAAGCCUCCAAAGGCCUGGAUUUGAACAGCUUUAGAAAUGCAGGUUCCAGGGCUUCUCCCAGCCUUCAGAAGCCAACUCUGCAGAUGGGGCUAGGACUAUGGGCUUUUAGCAGCCCCCAGGUGACCCUAACGUAUCAGCCGUGGACUCAGGACCUACCCGGUGAUGCUGUUGAUCUCUCAAAGGUCUUCCAAAACUCAACAGAGCCAGAAGUAGCCGCCUGCUCAGCGGCUCAGGUGCCAGCUCUGUUCUGAUCCACCAGGGGUCCGUCAGCAGCCAGUGCUACCCGUGGGGCACCUCCCUGGCCACACGCCUGUUCCUAGCAAGUGCUGAAACUCACCAGACCGUCUGCCUUUUUGAAAUGGGGAAAGCCGUGCGUGCGCGUGUUAUUUAUUUAAGUGCGCCUGUGUGCGCGGGCGUGGGAGCACACUUUGCACAGCCACAGCGUUUCUGGUUUGGGUGUACAGUCUUGUGUGCCUGGCGAGAAGAAUAUUUUCUAUUUUUUUAAGUCAUUUCAUGUUUCUGUCUGGGGAAGGCGAGUUCAGUAUCACUGAUGUGGGUUGAGACCAGCACUCUGUGAAACCUUGAAAUGAGAAGUAAAGGCAGAUGAAAAGAAAGAAAAAGUAUUUUUAUGUUCUUAUGUUCUCGGCUCAAAAAGAAACAAGGGAGUGCAGGUUUAAAACCAAAACAGGAGAGAAGACAAACCCCGCUCCGGCUGGAGUUAGAACCAGAACUUUAUUGUAGCAGAUACACUUUCUGACCUGUCAAUCAUCAAUAUACACAUCUGCGAAGGGAAACCGCGCAGUGACAGCAUGAGGACAUCCCCUGGGCGUGAGCGUCUGUCCGCUGUCUAAACGGAGCAGCUACAGGGACAGGACAUGGAGGAUGGCCACACACAGCACAGCACAGCCACCAGUGUCCUCAGAACCAGCAGUCAGGGUCACAGAACAGUAUUCAGAAUGAUUGCCCACCCGUUUUAGAAAUCUAAAAGUUUACAUGUAACUAAGAGCAAAGUGCUAUGUGGGUUUUUAGACCAUGACUGUUUUCUCUCCUUUUGCCCUACCACUGAACACAGCAGCAGGGCUCCUGGGGGGAGAGGGAUUUCAACCCCCCCUGAUGGCAGGAGGCAUCCCAUGGGGGCGGGGGCUCUGGGGAGGAGAGAGGAGAGAACAGGCUGUUGUGGAAAAUUCCAGCACUUUGCCUUCAGGCCAUGGGUCUCUGCUGGACGUUCUGAGUACAGAUCACUCAGGCCUCCUGCCUUCUCCGAAGGGAGUGGUCAGCCGGUCUGCAGGACACCUGUCAGUCUCUCCUUUUACCAGCAGGGAAAUGCACAUCUCAGCAUAAACCACAAGGCUGCACACGGUGAGACCAGGCCACUGCACAGGGAGCUGCUGUAGGAGGAGUGUGGAAAAGGGGCCAGUGACCCUGCACCCCUGCACCCCACGCCAAAUUAGGAACAGGUCAAAUCCCAAAGGUGAGGCCCGGCUACUUGUAGCUGCCAAAGGGUGGCCCUGGUCCAGUCUCUUGAGCAGCACAGCUAAAGGCCUGUGACCCUGACUCCCGGCCACACUCAGACCUGAGCAGGGGCUGGGACGGGGCUGGGACGGGGCUGGGCCUCUCCCUUCGGCGUCGGGGGAGGGAGGGCCCGGUGGGAAGAGCCCGUGCUCAGAGCUCUGAACUUCACUUUACAUUCCAGUCCCGGGUUACACUAGCACAAAGGACACAAGGAAUCCGAUUUAUUUACAAAAUAUUAAAAAGUCAGUUAAUCAUCUACACAGUACCCCCCCAUCCUGCCAUUAUUUAUACAUGCACUAGUUUGGAAAAAAUAAAAACUUUUUUUAAAAAA